GUCAUUCGGAGACUCGCAGCCGAACAUGACGUAAACCAGAGAAAAUAGUAAACUGUGGCGGGCUUUGAAAAACUUAAAAUCUGCAAAUUAGAGAAGAGAGGGAGAACAGAAGACGAAGAAGCAAAAACAUGCGUGUAGUUUGGCUAAUAGCUUUAAUCUCAUUGGUUUCUGGAAAGGACACGUGCGAUAUAUGUACAUGUGUUUUCUUUCUGGAAAGUAAAGUAUCCUGCGAUCAGAAGGAUUUAGCGAGGAUUCCUGAUGCUCCUAAGGAAGACUUUUAUCACUUGGAUAUAGCCUAUGCGGAUUUUAGGCACUCACCUAUAACUCGACAAAAUUUUACUGGCUAUAAUCAUUUAAAAACUUUGACAUUGGUUUUCUCAAAAAUCAGGUCUAUUAAGGUUAAAGCGUUCAGUAAAAUGAGACAUUUAAAGGCUCUUACAUUAUCCGGUAAUAAAUUAAGGAGGAUCCAUGAUUAUACGUUCGAAGGUCUUCACUUAAAUAUUUUAAAUUUGGCUGAUAAUAAAGGCCUGUCUUUUAGCUCGUUUGCUUUUUCUGGAAUGACAGUUAAAACUCUUUUACUCUCCGAUUGCAAGAUAACAACGCUUAAUCCUAAUGUCUUUAGACCUAUUAGUAACAGUCUGACAACGUUAAAUCUGGAAAACAACAAAAUUAAACAACUAGAGCCAACUUUUCUAGAUCUCUUUCGUCAGAUCAAACACAUUGAAUUGAGAAAGAAUCCGUUCAAAUGCGAUUGUCAAGCAAGGUGGUUGAAAGACGUUUAUAACGUUAAGAAAGAAUUACCAGCACCAACUUGCGAUUAUCCCCCUAAUUUACAGAACAAAACAUUUAGGGAUUUGAGUACGGACGAUUUCAAUUGUAUCCUGCCUACAUUUACAGACAUAGACGCUUCGUUCAGUGAGAAUUCAGCCAAGUUAAAAUGUUCCGCAACUGGUUCACCUGUACCUCGUUUAUAUUGGAUUAAACCGUCCACACGAGAUCCUCCAUUCGUUGUUCCUCCUACAAAUCCAGAGGAUCACUAUAAUGAAGCCAUUUUUCAUGCUACUAGACCUCAUUCCACCACAAAGUGGACGUUAUACAAAUGCGUUGCAUCAAAUAAGGUUGGUAAUACGACACUCACUUUGAAUAUUACGUGGCCGAAUUUACGAACGAAGAUUGUAUCUAUUCUGCCAUCGGAUUUUCCGCAUAGGCGUAAAAAGGAGCAUCGUCAUGAUUUUGGUGACGAUGACGACGACGACGAUGAUGAUAUUAUUGAUGAUGAUCAUGCAUCUCUUGAGGGUCAAUACACUAAACAUCGUAAUAAAUUCGAAGGUCAAGAAAAGCCUGAAAGAGUAUUUAAUAUAACCGAACUGGUCGGAGCAGUUGUUGGAACACAUAUCUGUACAGUAUUGUUGUGUAUAGUUAUUUUCCCGUUGUUUUUCAAGAGGCGUCUACUGUGCUCAAGAAGUAGACCGAAACACCCGGGUACCAGCCUCUCUGCCUCAGCUGCCAACGUUAAAGUGAACAAGCCAAGCACAGCUGACUGUUACCUUCACGAUCGACAGUUUGAGUAUUACCCUCCGGCCUACAUGGACAACCCACCAUCAUUGCCAAGGUUACCCCAUAGAUAAUUACUGAUUUCUCCUCGAGAUCUUCAUAUAUCAAAGUAUUUCUUGUCCAUCAUAAUGUACACACAUGUUAUAUAUAUACAUAUAAACAGUUUUGUGUCUAUAUGCAUAUAUUUAUAUAUACUUGUAUAUGUAUAUCAUUAUAUUAUUUUAGAGUUUUGGUCAUUUUGACUUUUUACUUACAAAAAGACUGGAUAAGGCGUAUCUCAACUGCAAAAAACAAGAAAGAAUCUAUUUAUUUAUCUCUAUAGACUGUGAAAAGAAGAAAUGAUAGAAAGGAUAAAUAAAGAAACGCCUUUACAUUUUUUUAGUAUAAUAAAAGUGAGAAUAUUCCUAAGUACAUAAAAGUAUAGAGUAUGACAAACAAUACGAGUCAAAAUUGUUUACUAUUGUUUGCAAGCGACUCUUAGCGAAUUAUAGUAAGAUCUCUCCUUUAUCACAUGUAAAUAUGUUGAAACCUAAUCAAUCACUUAUAAUUAUAUGCCUAUAAAACAAUAUAGUUUUAUCAUAAGCAUGUGCUUAGUUAAGUAUACGCUUCAAGUUUUAUGAACGAGUCAAUAUACAUCCUCCCUACUUGAUAUAAAUUUCAACUGGUGUAUUAGUAUACAUAUAUAUUUAUCUACUGCUUACCUUAUGCUAUACAAACAGAUGUUGCAUCUUUGAAAAAGCCUCAUUUCCAGCAUCCGGUUCUUAGUAAUAACCACUUGUUAAAAUGUACCCGAUAUUGAAAAAAUAUCAAAGAAAAGUUUAAAAGAGAACACAGUACUAAAUCAAUUAAACAUUUUACUCUUUUAUUAUCGACUAAAGGAGAAAAAAUGAGCAGAUAUAAGUAUAAAGAAGAACUCAUUCGAUAUCAUUAAUAGAUC